GGGAAAUACACCCGAUGUGGUUGAGCUAAUCCGCAGGGAUUGUGACAUUGGCCGUCUUGUUGUGAGCCCACGGAUGUCUCACGCCCAGAGACUACUUUCCUAAAACGACAAACUCAGGAAUUGAUCUGAAUAAUAAGCAGAGCCAUAAAAAUGGGGGAUCCCUUACGACAGAAGGUGGAGGCCAUGUCCCAGACCAUGUGCCCAAGACGCCGCGUUGCAUCUGAAGAGGACUUGAAGGCCCCACAAGAUGACAAAGUGCAGCUGAAGAGAGAAAUCUCCCUCGUUAACGGCAUCUGUCUCAUCGUGGGCAACAUGAUCGGCUCGGGGAUCUUCGUCUCCCCAAAGGGAGUCUUGAUGCACAGCGCCUCGUAUGGACUCUCCUUGCUCAUCUGGGCCCUCGGAGGCAUCUUCUCGGUGUUUGGGGCCUUGUGUUACGCUGAGCUGGGCACCACCAUCACCAAGUCCGGAGCCAGUUACGCAUACAUCCUGGAGUCCUUUGGCGGCUUUCUGGCCUUCAUCCGCCUGUGGACGUCCAUCCUGCUCAUCGAGCCGGCCAGCCAGGCCAUCAUUUCGCUGACAUUCGCCAACUACCUGGUGGAGGCCUACUACACCACCUGCGAUGCCCCUCCCAACGCCGUGCGCCUCAUAGCUGCAACCUGCCUGUGCAUGCUCAUCUACAUCAACUGUGCCUACGUGAAGUGGGGGACCAUGAUCCAGGACAUCUUCACUUACGCUAAGCUCUCAUCCCUCCUCCUCAUCAUAAUGGUAGGAAUUCUGAAAUUAUUUGGCGGAGAGAGUAAGAGCUUUGAGAGUCCGUUUGAAGGAUCCUCCACUGAUCCCGGGGCCAUAGCCUUGGCCCUCUACUCCGCACUGUUCUCCUAUUCGGGCUGGGACACGCUUAACUUUGUCACGGAGGAGAUUCAGAAUCCAGAGAGGAAUCUACCGCUUGCCAUCGCCAUCUCCAUGCCCAUAGUGACCAUCAUCUACCUGCUGACCAACGUGGCGUACUACGUGGUCCUAGACAUGCCUUCUCUGCUGGCCAGUGAUGCUGUUGCUGUGACUUUCGGGGAUUCAGUUCUGGGACCUUUCAAAUGGAUCAUCCCGGUGUCAGUGGCCAUGUCGUGCUAUGGAGGACUCAACGCUUCCAUCAUUGCUGCUUCACGGUUGUUCUUUGUGGGUGCUCGAGAGGGUCAACUCCCUGACACCCUGAGUCUGAUCCACCUGGAGCGCUGCACGCCCAUCCCUGCACUCCUGUUCAACGGUUUAAUGGGCCUCAUCUUUCUGUGCGUGGAGGAUGUCUUCCUGCUCAUCAACUAUUUCAGCUUCAGCUACUGGCUCUAUGUGGGCCUGUCGGUGGCCGGCCUCAUCUACCUGCGCUUCACCCAGCCAGACCGACCCAGACCUGUCAAGCUGACCCUGUUCUUCCCCUUCGUGUACUGCCUGUGCAGUCUGUUCUUGGUCAUCGUCCCGCUGUACGGAGACACCAUCAACUCGCUCAUAGGCAUUGGCAUCGCCCUCUCAGGGGUGCCCGUUUAUUAUGUGGCGAUCCACCUGCCUGAGGAUAAAAGGCCCAAGUUCUUACGCAUCCUGAAUAUCUUUACGACCAGAACAACCCAGAAACUGCUCUACUGCUGCCUGACCAGCGACCACAAAGCAGGACGAGGUGUUAACAAACAGUAAGGUCAGAAGUUGUCAAGGAGUUGUUGUCCACUUCCUAAAAACCAAGGCCUCCCCGGCCCGUCCACGUGCUGCAUGAUGUUCUGUCUCCUGGAGCGUGACUGGUGCCAGGUCAAGUUUUAAAAAAAAACCUUGAGGUGUCAAAUAACUGGCGAGGAGCAAAACCAGUCUCACAGGAGAUCACUGAGUAUCUUCCAUGAGGAUUUGAAGUAAACUUCCUUGUAGAUAUGGAGCUUGACUUGUGUAAACAUUUUUUUUUUAUGCUGAUACGAACAAAGCAAAGCAUUUUGUGACUCUAUCACUGUUGACCAUUCGUAUGAGGAUACUUUUUUGCACUGUAAACUUGGCUCAAAUAAAAAGUCCAGUUCA